AUGUAUACUAUAAUAGAGAUAGCUUUGAGCAUAGGAGUGCUAGCCACUCUGAUCACUGUACUAUCAGUAUGUGUUUGUGGCUGUAAAAACUCCAAUCAGAAAAGUGAGUUGGUUGGGACGGCCGGUGUGGUCAAAAUUCGUUUAGAUGAGGAGGUUCCUUCUCCAACACCUACCACUCCGGCCUCUAUUAAGCGGGCAUCUACACAAAAUAGUCAGAGAAGCUUACCAGAAAUCCCGCAACCUGUUGGAAGACAUGACAGCGGUGACACUGCAUCAGAAAUCUAUGCAACAGUCAACCUUGAAGAAGGGAAUAAAACCGCAGUCGUCGCUUCUACUAGCCGAGAUCAUCCGUACGAGCAUGCUUAUGCCAAGCUACAGAACGAAAGUCACGAUGUAAUAGUGGAAAUUACUACCGACGAAAGGUCAGACAGCGAAAUCCAAAUUGAUGACAGAGAAGCGACGUCGUCUGCUGCCGAAGCGGUGCUGAUCUCCGCGUCGGUGGCCAUCAGCGGACAGCUGCCGUCGAGCCAGGAGCUGCCGUACAUCACGCCGCCGUCGCCGCGCCCGCCCGACCCCGUGCACUUCAGUGGCGACUCUACUGACUCCGCUAAGGGCUACACGAGUAUAUCGGUGCGCGAGCCGCUGAGCAACAUCCGCGCGCAAAGCGUCAAGCCCUCACAGCCUCACUAUGCCACCGUCUCCGACGACUCGGAUGAAAUGUACGCGGCGAUAGAGGAGGCGAGCGUGGGCGAGGGCUCGGACACGUACGCGCAGAUCGCGCCCGAGCCGCGCCGCCGCGACGCCGCCGCGCCGCCCGACCACCACCACGCACGGAGGAGUGCUCCGCCUGAGAUAGGAACGACUACUGCGAACUCGACGCAUUCUCGACAAGCAUCGAUGUCAUCCUGCUCGAAUUCGACGGGCGCGCUCGGCUCGCCCAAGCCAGAGAAGCGCCAGGCCAACUCGCCCCUGCCCCCUCCACCUCAUCCCUCCCACCCCCACACCCAUACCGCCCACACCUCCCAUACCUCCCAUGCCUCUCACACCACUCACUCCUCCCAUACCUCUCACCCGUCCCACACCUCUCACCCCUCCCACAGCUCCCAUCCUCCCCACUCUUCCCAUCCUCCGCGCACCGGAGAUACAGUAGGGCAACGCCACCAACGGAUAUCUAGUACUGGCGAUCUCCACUUCAACCACGACAAACUCCGUCGCAGUCUCAACGAGAAGCACCAACGCAACAACAGCUGUGUGAGCUCCUCGGACUUCUACGGCUGCAACUAUCCCGUGGAAAAACACCGGUUUAGUUCCGGGGAUAUCGUACGCCCUCUAGUGGCACGGGAACUGAACUUUGAUAUCGAUCAAAAGGGCAACCAUUCUGACAACUUCUACAACUCUAUAGACGGCCCGGCCUACAGUGACUACUCCUCUGCAGAUCCUAACACCAGCAUUACAUCCGAACGAAUCACGGAAAGCCCCUCGAGGAAUGUCGAGGAAAUGUACGCGAAAGUCAUGAAGAAGGCUAAAACGAAAGACGAAUUUAGAAAAUCAAAAGACACUAGCGAAGAUAAACCCCAAAAGUACAAAGCGGACGACCCUGGGUAUGAAACCAUCGAUCGUAAACAAUCGAUGAAUCACGGGUAUGAAACUAUUGCACGGAAAGAACGUAAGAACUCCAACCAAGACCCGGGCUAUGAGACGGUUAAAGAUAUUAAUAAAUCCCAGUUUACAAAUAAUAAUCUGCUAAAACUAAACCAUUUGAUGGUGGACAGUGGACCUAAUAGUAUUAUAAGUAGCGACCCCGGAUACGAACAUAUAUCGAAAUCCGACGCAAACGCUUCCGACUCUGACCCCAAUUACGAAGUAUUACGGAAUCAACCCCCAACCCCUCCAUACGCCACAAUCGCACCGAACUACAAAGUACAACCCACAUACUCUACAGUGAACAAGCGAGGCGUCAAAUACAAUAAUUGGUCGGGAAAUAAUAACGAUGAGGGAAAUUUAGAACCAAACUACGAAUCGAUGUCUCACGAGCCCUUCUACAACACGACCGGGAGCGAGUCCGAUUCAAACUAUGAAUCCGUUCGGCCCAAAGACCCCAACUACGAAAGUGUUAAUCAGGACCCCAAUUACGAGCCCCUCAGGUGUAAAGACCCCAAAUACGAGUCCGUACGAUCGAAGGACCCCAAAUAUGACUUGGUGCGGUCUAAAAAGGAUCCUAAUUACGAAAGCGUUAAGUACUUCGAAUUAUCAAAACAGGAUCCGCCCUAUGAAAAAGUGAAUCACGCAGCUGAAAGCUCUGGUAUCGACCGGUCGGACUCAUCUGCUGGGUAUGAAAAGAUCAAUGUUCCGACGAAGGAAGCGAAAAACAGUAUUAGCGGCGGCCCCGAGUGCAUUGUGAGUGAUUACUUCCAAGUU